UAAAAUCUGACCCAGUGAAUAAAAAUUUCUGUGCAGUUUGUGGAGUGAAUGUAUUAUGUGCUUUGUGGAAAAGUUUGUUUAAAGCAUCUUGUGACUAACUUACAUGCAUAUUUGACUAUGCAGCAAAAUGGUGUUCUGACUGAGGAAGUCAAGAAUGGAAAAGAAAAUGAUGUUGACAUUAGAGAUGCAUGUUCGUCAGCUGUAACUGUGGACUCUGGUGUAAACUUCUCAUAUUCUGAAAGAGAUUAUGUGUCGAAACCUAUUACCAUGGAAACAAAACUAACAGAGAAGGCCAUUGAUCCACAAGGCGGACUUAAUGUGAAUGCCACUCACGAAUGCGCUGUCUUAAAAGACAUAAAGGAAACUUUCAACAGUUGCAAAUUAAUAGCAGAAUCUACUUCAACAAAACAUGAUGAAAAUUGUAAUGACAAUUCAGAAAACAUAAACCAUGAUCUUCAAGGAGAGGUUCUCAAAAUCGAAAAGGUUUUCGAUCAUGCUAUACAGUUUGAAACAAGGCCUGCAUCCUAUGAAAUGUCAAAAGUAAUCUGUGGCACAACUCACAAAGAGUGCUUCAAAGACUAUCCAGCUCCAGUACUGGUUGCCCAAACUGCAGGCACAUUGGCACAGAAGGAUUUAGAGGUGACAGGACAGAUCCUUGCCAAGAAACCUCAUUCGGUUGCUGCAGACCCAAUUGAGGUCUCCCAAGAAAAAAUGGUGGAGAACUUCCAAACUAGAAAUGAAGCUGGAAAAGUAAUGGCUAUGGUUGCAAGUGCCAAAUCUAAAAAGGAAUCAACAUCAAAUCAGUCAGUAUUAACCUCCAAUGGAGUUAUGUCUGAAAACUCUUCAAAAAUGAGUCAAAGUGAAGAAAAGCCGAGUAAUUUUUCCUCAACUGAUUUAACUAAAUUGACCAAGGAAAGUCCAAAUAUUUUAGGCAUGCCACAGGAUAAUAAAGGCUCAAUUAAUCUGUCAGUGAUGGAUCAAAGUGGAAAGAUUCCUUAUUCAGGCAGCAAUAGUAAUCAAACACCAUGCAACAGGUUGAUAUAUCAACAGGAGUCCAAAAACCUUUCAACUACGAUUCAUAAUGAACCUUUGCCAAUCACCACUCCUCCAGGGCCAUAUGCAGAAGAGUUGGGGUCAGAUCAGACAAAUAAAUUCAAAUGCCUCCAAAAUCAUUCAGAAACAAAUCAACCUAACUGUAAGUUCAUUAAAGAAUAUGGUUCAGCUGAAGGUUUGACCUCUCUCAAUAGGAAGCUUGUGUUGGAGAUAAUGGAACUGCAGCAUCAGAGACAGGGAAACAACCCAGGCCAGAGUGACGAAGUGCAGUUUAAGCCCUGGGGUAUUAAAACUCAAUCUUCUAAGCCAUUUCAAGGGGUGAAACUCAUGACUGAGGUGUCAGAAAGUCAAAGUGUGGACAUGGAACACAUGGAUUUUACCAUAGCUCGCAAACAGUGGCUGAGGCUGGAAGCGAUGAGCAGGACACACAGUUACGGGCCAGCAGUCAAAAAGCAGAAGAAUAAAAUGAUAACCAAACAUGUUAAUAAAGAGAAAAAAGAUGACUCUUCCAUCAAUAAAUCAAUAGAAAAUGAAGUAGCCUCACCCUUUUCUGAACCUUUGCUCUCAGAAGAUAACAUGCAAAGCAAGGGGUCAACAGGAAUCAAAACUCUUACAGAUGAAUGCAUGAGAAAUUCAACAAAUCUAAAUAAAGAACAGGAUGUGGUGGCAUCACAAGAGAAGAAUGGCACAACAGGGGCUAUAGAUCAGAAUUUAUUAUUGAAUACAACAGCUUGUAGUCCUUGUCCAGAAAGGAAUGAUUCUGGACUGGACGACAGGACACAUAGACUUCAAGGUAACAACUUGCUUGAUCCUAUUGUUCAGAAUGAAUCAUCACAUUCUCUGCCCACAAUGAGUGAGAAGCCUGAAACACCUAUUGAAAAGGAGUUUUGCCUCAGUCUAAAGCAGAAUGAGAGUCUUAGAAAAGCCAGAGGCAUUAUCACACUUCCUUGCUUUGAAAAAUACACAGAGAUCAAAACCAGGCCUCUUAGCUUGCUGCCUGUUUCUCCUCCUUCAUCACCUAAGGUCAAAAAUAACCAUUUUGCUGAGAUGCAAAUACAACGUGAAAUGCUACUUGAACAGCAAAGAGAGGAAGAUCUUAUACAGCAGAGAAAGAUUUUGGGAAAGUACAACAAAAGUAUGAUUCCAGAGAUUGAGGGGAAAAGGAAGUUCUUUGAUCAGCAAAAUUCCUUCCCAUUCUCACUUCCCAAUAAAAUGUUAGCUCCAUCUAUUACUUCUCCAGCCACAUUGGUGGUUUCACCUCCUAUAAGGAGUCCCUUCAGUAAUGAAACCAAAGUUUCUAAUGUUCUUAUUCUGCAAAAUGAUCUACUGGCUUCUGACAAAGAUAAGGCAGAUGUUAAAGAUUCUGUAUUGAAUCUUAACUAUUCAAAUGCAGAAACUACUGACGUCGUAAUACUGCAGACACCAAACCUGAUUGUACAACGUUCUUCAUGCUUACCGCUGUCUUCUAACUCAUCAGUCCAAAGAGAAGACACACUGCAAAAUAACCCCUUCUUCAAACUCCGCUCACAUGGAGCUCAUUCCAUCAUUAGUCAGGAGAUCAAAGAAGUUCUACAACGGGAGGCUGAGCUCCAUAAGCAAAGGGCACAAAAGAAAUAAGAACUCAUCACAAGAAUGCCCUGGCACUGAACCUGGAGAUUGCUAGAUGUGCCAGCGACUACAAAAUCAAAAAGAACUUCAUAAGUAAAGUGCACAAAAUGAUGCAGGAACUCAGCAGGUCAGGGUGCAUCUGCAGAAAGAAUUGACCAGUUUACAUUUUGGACUGAGACUUCUGAAAGGGUUUCAAUUUCCUUUGCACACAAUUGCACAUCUGAAUUUCUCUAGUAUUUUGUGUGCGUUGCUCCAGAUUUCUAGCAUCAGCAGUCUCCCUUGACUCAAUCAUGUCAUAAGCAUGUCAAAAAACAAUAGCUGCAUGAGACUGGUAGUUAGGUUCGAACGGACAGGAUGGGGAGCAUGUGGGUGGAUGACUAUUAUUUGAGGUCUCAUAUUUUAACUGAAAGAUCAUUGGCAAUCUUAAGGCAAUAAUACAGUUUUAGAUUACCUAAGAUAUUUUGCAAUGAAAUAAUAUCAAUUGAGAUACAUUGGGGUCUAACAUAGUUGUAAAUGGUGUUUUGGCUUUGAAUUCCUUUAAGAAGUAUUAUUCAAUGAAGCAUAAUAUGUGAUCAGAACAGAACACGUUGACCAUACUUCACCCAAAUUUUAUAUAUAUAUAACUCUUUUGAAUAAGAAACAAAUUUGAACAAGAUGCUCAUAAAAAUUAUGAAUGUAUGGAUAACAAAAGUAAAAGCAUUGAUCAACAUCUGAAAGAGAGUAAUUAGGUAAUAAGUUCAGUUUCAUUGCUGAUUGACCUGUUUUGUACUUAAGGUAUUGUUUUAUUAUUAAAUGUAAUCUGUGCAUGGGUUCUUUUUAUGUAGCUUUGUAGAGUGCAAUUCCUAAUGAUAUGAAACAUUAUUAUUUAAUAUUUCUACAUUAAUGAUUAUAUCCAGCAGCCUUUAUCCUGUUCUGCAGUUUUGCUACCAAAAAAUCAUUGAUAUGUGGUCUCGGCCCAAAACGACGACAGCGCUUCUCCCUAUAAAUGCUGCCUGGCUUGCUGUGUUCCCCCAGCAUUUUGUGUGU